AUGGGAGAAGCGACAUUAGAUAUCCAAAACGGCGUAUUGAGAAAAAUGAAGCUCAUCUACUUCAGUAAUGAGUUUCCCCAAGACGACUUGCAAACAGUUUUCCGCAAGCUUCACAAUCACAGCAAGGACAGACGACACUCAGUUCUUGCUCGGUUCCUCAAGGAAGCCACUUUGGCUAUUCGUGAGGAGGUACGCCAGCUUCCACUGACAUUGCGAAGUCUGAUUCCCCCAUUUGAGAACAUCUUGGAUUUUGCAGACUUCACCGACCUUCGCAAGGGCCAACUCUGUGGAUCCAUUGAUGGUAUCCUCCUGUGUAUGCUGGAAUUGGGGACACUUAUUGGCUAUUAUGAAAAUAAUGAAAAUGCAUUCAGCACCGAUGCCUCGAGUACUAGUCUUGCUGGCCUAGGCAUUGGCUUACUGGCAACAGCAGCUGUCUCUAUAGCUCCGACAGUGAGUGACCUCGCUCUCGCUGGAUCUCAAGUCGUGCGACAGGCCUUCCGACUGGGAGUCUUGGUUGAUGAGGUAUCGCAAAACCUUGAGCCUCGUGAUACCAGCGAGGGCAGCUCACCAGAUACUUGGGCAUAUGUUCUGCCAAAUGUCUCUGCCGACGACGUCCAGCCUGAGCUAGAUGCCAUUCAAAAAAGCGAGAGAAUCCCCGGACCAAGCAAGAUCUUCAUUAGUGCGCGAAGUGCAACUUCUGUCACCAUCAGCGGUCCUCCUGCACGGUUGCAGGCUAUGUUUCGCAAUUCCAAGUUCUUCCACGAGCAUAAAUGUAUUGGCUUGCCGGUGUAUGGGGGUUUGUGUCAUGCAGGUCAUAUCUACACCUUGGAAAAUGUGCAUCAUGUGGUUCGAACGCGCUCGAUGCAGUUGCUUGAUGCCAAAUUCUCACCGCGACUGCCCGUAUACUCAACCAGCACUGGAACCCCGUUUCCAGCGACCAGUGCAACACAUCUCUUUGAAUGCAUCAUCGAAGAAAUCCUCACGCAACCCAUUGAAUGGGACCAAGUUAUUAAAGGAGUCGGGAAGCUUGCGGAAGGUCUGGAGGCGACUCAAUUCCAACUUGUGGUCUUCCGAAUCUCGCUUCCAAUUCGUGAUCUGGCAGAUUAUUUGCAGCACAACUCUAGCGUGGACACAUUGACAGAAGAGAUAUUGCCGUGGGUAAACAAAAGCGAGGCAUCCGAUGAGGGAGGACCACGAGGACCACAGCAGUCUAAGAUCGCGAUCGUGGGCAUGUCAUGCAGAAUGCCAGGCGGGGCAACCAACACUGAGAAGUUCUGGGAGCUCCUCGAACAGGGGCUAGAUGUUCACCGCAAGAUUCCCUCGGAUCGAUUUGAUGUGGAAUCCCACCACGACUCAACUGGGAAGAGGAUGAACACCAGUCAUACUCAGUAUGGAUGCUUCAUUGACGAACCCGGUCUGUUUGAUGCUCCAUUCUUCAAUAUGUCGCCACGGGAAGCAGAGCAAACGGACCCCAUGCAGAGACUAGCGCUUGUGACAGCGUAUGAAGCGCUAGAGAAAGCCGGAUAUGUCGCUAAUCGAACUGCUGCGACGGACCUUCACCGUAUCGGAACCUUCUACGGCCAAGCGAGCGACGAUUACCGUGAAGUUAACACUGGGCAAGAAAUCAGCACGUAUUUCAUCCCCGGUGGAUGUCGUGCCUUUGGACCUGGACGCAUCAACUAUUUCUUCAAGUUCUCCGGGCCCAGUUACAGCAUUGACACGGCUUGCUCCUCUAGCUUAGCCACAAUUCAGACUGCUUGCACAGCACUUUGGAGUGGUGAUAUUGAUACUGCAGUGGCUGGUGGCAUGAACGUUCUGACCAACUCCGAUGCCUUUGCUGGACUCAGUCACGGCCACUUUUUGUCGAAGACGCCCAAUGCGUGCAAAACAUGGGAUAGCGAGGCCGACGGUUAUUGCCGUGCAGACGCGGUUGCAUCCAUCGUUCUCAAGCGACUGGAGGAUGCGGAGGCGGACAAUGACAACAUCCUCGGUGUCAUUGUGGGCGCAGGAACAAAUCACUCUGCCGAAGCCGUUUCCAUCACGCAUCCCCAUGCUGGCCAUCAAUCUUAUCUGGGAAAUCUGGUAGCUAACAGAGCUGGAGUAGACCCCCUGGAUAUCGGGUUUGUUGAGAUGCACGGCACUGGCACCCAGGCUGGUGACGCAGAAGAGAUCCAGUCAGUGACCAAUGUCUUUGCACCGACAACGAAGCGACGCAGCGCAAAGAACCCCCUUUACAUCGGGGCCGUGAAGGCAAAUGUGGGCCAUAGUGAGGCCGCAGCCGGUGUGACAGCCCUAGUAAAGGUCCUUCUGAUGCUGCAAAAGAACGCCAUCCCACCACAUGUUGGCAUCAAGAACAGCCUCAAUCCCAUAUUUCCCAGUGACCUGGAGAAGCGGCAGGUCUUUAUCCCCUACCAGAAGACUGAGUGGCUGCGGACGCCAGACAAGAAGCGCAUGGCUGCUGUCAACAAUUUCAGUGCGGCUGGAGGCAACACUACAAUCCUACUUGAAGACGGACCAAUCCGAGAGGUGACGGAAGCAGAUCCUCGCUCAACUCAUGUGGUGGCCAUAUCGGCCAAAAGUAAGAUUUCACUCAAAGGCAACCUAGAUCGGAUGAUUGCCUAUCUUGAACAGAAUCCAGACCUCUCGCUGGCUGAUCUGUCGUACUCUACCACUGCACGUCGCUACCACCAUAACCAUCGUGUUUCCUUUGCAGCUUCAGGCGUUCCCCAGGUCCUCAAGCAGUUGAAGUCAGCUCUUCACUCUGCGGAGACUCACAAACCUAUUAAAGGUACCGGAGCACCAUCAGUGGCCUUUUCUUUCACAGGCCAAGGAGCAUCGUACAAAUCGUCCAACUACGAGUUGUUUUCAUCCCCCGUCUUCCGGUCUCACAUUCAACAUUUGGACACUAUUGCACAGGGCCAGGGAUUCCCUUCAUUCCUUCCGGUCAUUGACGGCACCCACGAAAAGGAGUAUCAACACUCACCUAUCCUGACCCAGCUAGCAUUGGUCUGUUCAGAGAUCGCAGUCGCGAAGUAUUGGGCUACAUUAGGAGUGAAGCCGGACGUUGUUAUAGGACACAGUCUUGGUGAAUACGCUGCCCUGCACAUCGCUGGUGUACUGUCUGCUAGCGAUGCCAUCUUCCUCGUGGGACAACGGGCCGCCCUUCUUCAAAAGAAGUGCAAAGCGGGUAGCCAUAAGAUGCUUGCGGUUCGAGCUUCACUAGCUCAGAUCCAAGAGGGCGAUCAAGGCUUACCGUACGAGAUUGCUUGCAUCAAUGGGCCAAAAGAGACUGUGCUGAGCGGACCCAAGCAUGAGAUGGAUGAUAUCACUCCCAUCCUCGAAAGCCAAGGGUACAAAUGUUUCAGUUUGGAUGUCCCCUUUGCCUUUCACUCCAACCAAACGGAUCCUAUCCUUGAAGACUUCGAAACACUAGCCACAAGCGGAGUACUCUUCCAGGCCCCCCAGAUUCCCAUCAUCUCCCCUUUACUUUGCAAGGUGGUUUUCGACGAAAAGAGUGUGAAUGGGAACUAUGUUCGUCGCGCAACACGAGAGGCGGUCAAUUUCCUUUCUGCGCUAGAGGCGGCACAUAACAUCGGAAUCAUCAACGAAGAAACUACCUGGGUGGAGGUCGGCCCUCACCCUGUAGGAAUUGGAUUUGUCAAAUCCACCUUCCCCUCUGUUAACGCAGCGGUUCCAUCUCUACGCCGUGGAGAAGAUAAUUGGACCACACUAGCCCAGAGCCUGGCCACUCUUCAUGGGGCGGGCAUCAAAAUCGAAUGGAGCGAGUUCCAUCGGCCCUUUGAGAGCUCGUUACGUCUGCUGGACUUGCCCACUUACGCAUGGAGCGAGAAGCGGUACUGGAUCCAGUAUAAGGGCGACUGGGCUCUCACGAAGGGCAACACGUUCUACGAUGAGGAGAAGGGCCUUAACAAAGCCCAAGCCACGUUGCCCACGCCAAAGUCAAGUUUGAGCACAUCAACCGUCCAGCAGAUCAUCGAACAAAGCUUUGAUGGUGUUGCGGGGACAGUGGUUAUGCAGUCUGAUCUGAUGCAAGCGGAUUUCCGUGCCGCAGCCUGGGGUCAUAAAAUGAAUGGAUGUGGUGUCGUCACUUCGUCUAUCCACGCAGAUAUUGCUUACACACUUGGUGAAUACUUGUAUAAAAAGCUCAAGCCCAAGACAAAGGAGGUCCACAUGAAUAUAUCCAACUUGGAGGUCCUCAAAGGACUCGUCGCCAACAGCAACGUGGAGAGCCAUCAACUCAUUCGGGUCGCCGUGACUACAUCAAACAUUGAUGCCAAUACCGCCGAACUGACCUGGUACAAUGUCUUAUCAAACGGGAGUGUCGAUGAGCCAUUUGCCAGCGCCACUCUUGUGUACGGUAACCCAGCCGAAUGGCUUGACUCUUGGAUCUCGAUCACCCACUUAGUUCAGGGCCGGAUCCAAGACCUCGAGCGCCUGGCGGAGUCUGGGGUCGCUAACCGCUUCACCCACAACAUGACCUACCUCCUCUUUGCCAACAAUCUGGUCGACUAUGCGAACAAGUACCGUGGGAUGCAAUCCGUGGUAUUGCACGAAUUUGAAGCCUUUGCCGACAUUACCCUGUCCACCGAGAAAGGUGGCACCUGGACAGUUCCUCCAUACUUCAUCGACAGUGUUGCCCACCUAGCUGGCUUUGUCAUGAACGUCUCGGACGCCAUGGACACUAAGAAUAACUUCUGCGUCACGCCUGGCUGGCGCUCGAUGCGAUUUGCCAAACCACUCGUGGCUGGCGCCCAGUACAAAUCUUACGUGAAGAUGAUCCCGACUGUCGAGGAUCCAAGUGUGUACCUUGGCGAUGUGUAUGUUCUCCAGAACGGAUUGGUGAUUGGAAUGGUGGGUGGGAUUCGAUUCCGCCGGUAUCCACGAAUUCUGUUGAGUCGCUUCUUCUCGGCGGCUGAUGACACCAAUGCACCACCAGUCGCUGCCACAGUUUCUUCGAAGUCUCAUAUUUCGACUGUUUCUCAGCUAGCCCCUCCGGCAGCAGUAAGCGUGCCCAACGUUACGAAAGCCACCUCUGUCAUCCCUGUUGCCGUCAAUGGCGUCAAAUCGGAUACUGCUAUUAAGCCUCCCGAUGUGAUUUCGAACGGCAUCAAGCCUGCGACUCCUGCCCUAGCUGUCGAUGUGGUUUCUGAUACCACGACUGCCAAGGCUAUUCGGAUCAUUGCAUCAGAGUCCGGACUCGACCUUGCUGAUCUGACUGACGAUGCGAGCUUUGCAGACUUGGGGAUUGAUUCCCUGAUGAGCUUGGUCAUUGCGGAGAAGUUCCGAGCGGAUCUCGGGGUGGUGGUUGGAGGUAGUCUUUUCUUGGAGUAUCCCACUAUUGGGGACUUGCGCACUUGGUUGGAGGAGUACUACAGUUAG